UGUCCAAGCCGGGAGUUCUGGCCCCGGCGGCUCGCCGUAGGAAGGCGUUGAUUGGCUGCUCGCGCGCCCGGCAGCUUUCCUAGCCAGCGGGCGAAGCGGCGCGCGGGACUGUGAACAUGAGCCUGCGGAAGCAAACCCCUAGUGACUUCUUAAAACAAAUAAUAGGAAGGCCAGUUGUUGUAAAGUUAAAUUCUGGAGUGGACUAUCGAGGUGUCCUGGCUUGUCUGGAUGGGUAUAUGAACAUAGCAUUGGAACAGACUGAAGAAUAUGUAAAUGGACAGUUAAAGAACAAGUACGGGGAUGCAUUUAUCCGAGGAAACAAUGUUCUGUACAUAAGCACACAGAAGAGGAGGAUGUGAAGAUGCCAAAAAAGGGAUAUUUUGUACUGAAGAACUUUUUUUUUCCCCCUGAAUGAUGAGACCUGUUUGAUUUGUAGCUAGUGCUCUUUGGUUGAAAAAUACAGCUGUUUAAAUAUUUCUUUAUGUGCUGUGAAGCCAGAUAUACCACAGUGACUACUACCAGAAGGAUGUUGCUUUUUUUUUUUUUUUUGUGUAAAGAAAUACAAUUGCAUGUUUUUCUGGGUGCCUGAUUUUUGAAGAAAUGCUUUGUUCCACUGUGAACAAAGUGAAAUAAAUAAGUGGGGGUGGGGUAGAGAAUGGAGAAUAUUUAUUGCUGCAGUAUUAAUUGAAUGGAACAUUUGGUUUGGUUGCAGUUUGAGACUAACCGUGCAUUAUAAUCUGGUUGCAUUGGCAAAAUUACCUCCUCAGUUCCUCCCGGCUAAAUGUGAAUGGCUUGGUGAAAAUAACCUGUCCCUUGAAAGAGGGGGAAUAAGGUCAGGUUUAAAUUCCAAGCUACACUAAGAAUCAGCAGGGUAAAAAGUUCAGCUGCUGACUAGUUAAAUUAGCCAAAAAAAGCCCCCUUGAAUUGUGUAUUUGAAUCGGGAAUGUAACCAUUGACACUUCAACAAUGGGGGUAGGGAAAGAACUGAAUCAAAUGGAAGAAAAGCCCCCAGGGUUAUCACUGUGCCAGCUAUAGAAGUCAGUCACAAGUGAAAAGCUCUUCAGUUGGUAUGCCAACGCAGCCAGCAGUCACUUCAAAUCCUAGCAACUUUAUUCCAGAUUGCAGUUACUUUUGUAUUUGGUUUUUUUUUUUCCCUGUGUCUUCUCUCUACCAGUGCAUAGAAGUUUUUAAAAUAAAGUUUAAAACACUGAGUUUUAUUUUAAUACAUCUGAAGCUCUGGUUGUUUUUAGAUGCUUAACGGAUGAAGCUGUGUAGUCUCCAUGUGGGUUCUGGUUUAUAUAAAACACACAUUGUAUGUCCUGUUCAUGUCUGCAUUAUUCCCACUCGCUAUUCUCUUCCUGCAGCACACACACAUAUGCCCAUUCUUCAGCUACGUGCCAGCCAGAAAUGUGAACAAAUAGAUAUCAAGCUCUUAGCAUGUGGUGCAUGUUGGGAGGAAAGGAAUCACUAUGCAAGCAGGGAAGUCAAAACUGUUUGCUUGUAUCCCACAGCAACUCUGAGAGAUUAAAUCAAAGACCAGUGAGGUUUUGGAGGGCUCCUUAUUAGCUUAACAUACUUUCCACCCCCCUUUCUCUCUCUCAGAAUUAAAACUAUUUUUUAUUGCAAUGAUUAAAAUACUGAUGAAAAUCAAGAUGGGAACACUCCACUUCAGUGCUUAAAAUGCUUUCCUGUUGUUCAGCAUAAGGCUAUCACUUGGGGUAAUACGCUUCAUGCUGAGGUUGUUUAACCAAUUUGUUAAUGAGGUUUUUUUUUCUGAAGCUCUGCUUUAUUCUACAAGCAGUUUAUGCUGCCAUUAGGAACAACACGUUUCUGAGUUGUGGUUGAAUGAGCACCAGACAAUUGUGUGAAUGCAGUGUUGGCGCAUACUUCUCAAAUAAUAAUAGGUUUUUGGUGCAAGUAGGCAAUGGUAAUAUUUCAGUUACCUAUGGGAGAAUAAGGCAUGGUCUCUCUCUCUCUCUCUCUCUCUCUCUCUCUCUCUCUCUCUCUCUCUCUUUUUUUUUCUUCCUUGAAAGACUAAGGAAUAAUUCCAAACAGUUAUUUUGCAAUUAAUAGUUAACCUUUCUACAUAAAAUAUUUCAGAAGGCUCUGCAGAGCACGCAAAAAGAGGCACCACUUUAUAAUAUGCUUCAAUAAUUUAUCAUUUCUUGACAAGGGCUUGAAAAGGGUCCAGCAUGUAAGUACAAAUCACCAAUUUGCUCUUCUGUAAAUGACUUCUUUUAAGAAGAAAAUGGAUGUGCCUCCAAGUGGAGCAUGCAGUUUCUCAUUUGUUUUGUAAUGUGUGUGGAACUGGCAGGUUACUGUGUCCGUUCAUUCACUGAAAUUGCUUUUCAAGGUAACUAAUUUUGUUUGUGUGGGUUUUUGGUUUUGUUUUGUAUUAUUUUUCCAUCCCCCCCCCCCCCCCCCCCCAAAAAAAAAUCUGUAACAUUUCAUGAAGGUUUUAUUUUUUUAUUGUAUUUAACUGAAGCUCCAUUUUGGUAAUUGCAUAUAUAGAAUUCUGUAAUUGCAGUCCAGUUUCUAUAUAGACUUGGCCCUGGAUUAACUUUUAAUCAUGGUCCACUACAUCUGAAAUGUCACCAGGACAAAUGAUUUGUAAUCAUGCAAGUUGUCUGACAUCAAAAUGGCACUUGGCUGAUACUCUGCACUUCUUAACAUUUUCUUAUGUACUCUAGAAAUGGAAAUGAAUAAAACAGGCAGCAUUUUUUCCAAAGUACUGAAAAACUGUCGUGUUCAAAUAGUAGAGGAGAUAAAUGGAUAAGCAUUUUUGUGUGUGUGUGUGAGAGAUGGUUAUGAUGUUCAAACAGACAUUCAAUUUGAUUGGCUUUUUUUUUUUAAAUAAGUGCUUUUUCAGAGUAACCCUUACAGAAGUGUCCAGAAGUCAGUGGGAAUGGGAUGCCUGCUUCCUUUAGUCAUUUCUGAAAUAUUUCAUCCAAUCUCUCCUUUGCCUCCCUCUUUAUAAUCAAAUAGCUAUUGGUGAACAUUGUUCUGGUCUUUUACCAGGAAUUCAAGUGUGUAGGAUGUAACUUACUUUGUGCAUUUGUCCACCUUGGAUUUAUUUUAUGUGUCUGUUAAACUACUAUGGUCUACACCACUGCAAACCCCAGCUGCAAGUGAAUCAGGCAAGGGUAGUUGGCUUUCGGGAUUACAUCCAAAACACAACCCAAACAUACUGUUACAUUUUUUUAUGAAUUUGAUAUGAGCGUCUUCUGUGGGCAAAAGGAAAAUAGAACAUUCGUACAAGCAUACAUACGAAAGUGACCAGAAUGAGUCACUUAAUUGAUUAUUGUUUUUUAAUACUUAUAAUCCUUAAGUUCUAAUGAUACUUUGUAUGGAGUUGUGCAUGCACCAACAAAAAUAAUUUUUGUUGUUUGACUA